AAGCAGUAGUGAGGCAGGAGGAGGUGUCUGCUGGGAAGAAGAGGAGGAAGAGGAGAGGGAGGCUGACACACAAAGAUUUAGUCGUUGAGAACCACGACGACCCUGUGGAGAAGGAGGAGCUGGAGAUCGACCAGGAGCUGGAAGAAGAAGAGUCUUUCCUAAAAUCCCCCAAAAGCCCGUCUGCAACACAAACACACAAAAACAAAACCAAAGCAAAGACGAGUGAAGAUGUGGAAACAGAUCUUCUCUCCAGCAAUGACGAUCACAGAAGCAUCCGAUCGGUGAGUUCACUCAGGUCCAGUGAGGCUGCGUCCCUCCUCCAUCGCUGGAGCUCCAGGAGGUCUGCAGCCUCUUCCUGUUCGGGGGCAAUGACAGCCAGCGCCACAGGUCUCGCUUCAGCAUGUGGUCGUCUGUCGUCAUGUUCCACUGUCAUGGUGCCGGACGAACAGCUAAUGUUGAACCCAGUUAAGCCGGAGUUACCCAGAAUGAGUCAGGAGGAGGCGGCUGCCCUGCGUCUGGCCCAGCGCAGAGAGCGACGGAGGCAGGAGGUGGAGAGGAAGAGGAGGGAGCGGGAGGAAGAGGAGAGGAGGCAGCAGGAGAGGGAGCAGACGGAGGAGAGGAUGAAGAGCGAGCUGGAGGGCGAGAGGAGGAAGAGAUCUGAGGAGCUCAGACUGAAGAAGCUGGCAGAGGAGGAGGAGAGGAGGAGGCUCGAGGAAGAGGAGCAGGCGAGAGUCAGACGGGAACAAGUGCGAAGAGAAAUGGAGAAGAGGAGUCAGGAGGAGAGAAGGAGGCAGAUGGAGCGACUGCAGAGGAUGAGAGAGGAGGAAGAGCAGAGGAGGAAAGCUGAGCUUGAACGUUUGCAGGUGGAGGAGCAGCAGAGGCAGGAGGAGGAGAACAGGAAGCUCCAAGAGAUGGAUGAGAGCGACAGGAUAGAGUACCUACGUUUGAAGGAGCAGGAGGAAGAGGAGAGGAGGAAGAACGAGGAGGAAACCAAAAGGAGAGAAGAGGAGGCCACUCUAUGGGCCGCGGAACAGGCCAGGCUACAAGCAGAGCAGCUCGCCAGAGAGGUGGCGCUGUUGCACCAGCAGUUGGCCUUCAAAAGGGGUCUCGUGUUGGAGGCCGGAGGUCUGGAGAGCACUCAGGGAAUCUCCCGGCCGUGGAUCUACUCGUAUUUCAGUUUACUGCAGCUACUGGGUCUGACUCCGUCUCAAGCCGAGACGACGAACUGACGAGUGGAAACAAAACAUGAAUCUCUCACUUUGAAAGAUCAAUAAAUCACCUG